CUGUGAUAGUCUACCUUGCGCCCCCAUGACUCACCAUUGCUAAUAUGAUUGCGUGGUUCUUAUAUGCGCUGCAGGCAGCCUGCUUGCUUGGCUGCGCCUCAUUGGUUCUGGUGGUACUCUUGGUGUGUGCCUACCGUAGCGGUGUACAGGCCACUGACAAGCCUCAUGUUUCCGUCAUUGUGCUGGGUGAUAUUGGUCGCAGCCCGCGAAUGCAGUAUCACGCAGUGUCUCUGGCAAGGCAUGGCUGCGAGGUUUCACUGGUGGGGUAUGCUGGAGCGCAACCGAUUAUGGACGUCGUCUCAAACCCGCACAUCCACAUACGCCACAUUGCCACAGUGGAGAUUCCUCCAAGGCUUCCUUUCAGCAUCCGCGCUGGACUCAAGGCAUUCUUCUUGCUUUGGGGUUUGGCGCGGGUCCUUCUGUUCCAGGCUCCCCGGUCUGACGUACUGCUGGUGCAGAACCCGCCAGCCAUCCCCACGCUGCUAGUAGCGCGCAUGGUUGCAUCAUUGCAGGCGGCCUCGCUCAUCAUCGACUUUCACAACUUCGGCUAUUCAUUGCUUGCCCUGAAGUUGGGCCCAAGGCAUCCACUGGUGCAGGCUCACUUGGUCUAUGAGAGGGUGUGCAGCCGCAUGGCGAACGAUGCCUUCUGCGUCACCAUGCAGAUGCAAAGGCGACUGGCGGAGCAGUGGCGAGUCGCAGCAGUGCCGCUGCAUGAUCGCCCGGCCGCAAUUUUCAGACCAACCGGGUUGGACCAGCAGCACCGUCUCUUCCAGCGCUUACGGGGUGAUGGGCUUCUAGGUGCGCUGGAUGGUUGGUGGCCACAGGGCGAGGGUGAGGGCCUCUUCACCCAAAUUUCCAGUGAUGGUCAUGUGAGUCGGUCACCGUGCAGACCGCACAUUGUCAUCAGUUCCACAUCAUGGACUCCGGACGAGGACUUUGGCCAAUUGUUAGACGCUCUGCCAGCCUUGAACAGUGACCUGGUCAAGGCUGCCGCCCGUGCCGUGGUGGUGGUGACUGGCAAGGGCGAUCUGCAACAACAAUUCGAGGAACGCUACAGCUCCAUGUCGAAGCAAUUGGACGCGGUUCGCGUGCUGACCUUGUGGCUCAGCUUCGCCGACUACGCGCUGCUGCUGGGCAGUGCGGACUUGGGCCUAAGUUUGCAUACAUCAUCCUCGGGCAUCGAUUUGCCAAUGAAGGUGGUGGACAUGUUUGGAGCGGGCCUGCCGGUAUGUGCAAGAUCUUUUGCGGCAUUGCCCGAGCUGGUCCGCCAUGGAGAGAAUGGCUUUGCCUUCCACAGCACGGAGGAGCUUGCGCAGAGCUUGGCCCAUGCGCUGGGUGUUGCUUCAUACAACUUGCCCCAGCUCAAGUCCACAGCUGGGGAGCAAAAGCUCAACGGAUGGGAUGCGAAUUGGGACUCCGUUGCCUGGCCUCUGCUCUCCAAGCAUUUGAAUCGACUGCGAAGGACAUGCGUAGAACUUGCUGAGCUGCCUGCCCAACAUGCCCCGUGUGCGCGAUACGCAGCUGUUCUUUGUUCUUUUUGUGUCCUUGGUUUGCGUCCUGCCCUCGUCACAGGCAUUGAUUGUCGCAAUGGCGCGCUGCAGGAAAACUGAAUGAGUGCCACCGCUCAGUUCAGACAUGGUCCCAAGCUGCAGUCAGGAAGCUUUGACUGCUUGACACGUGAUGCGGGCCUCAGCCGCAAAAGCU